AUGACGCAAACGCAGAAGCGCUGCUGGAACUGUCGUCAACAAAAGAUUGCGUGUGACAAGACUCGGCCGCACUGCAACAACUGCGUGAAAAAGGGCCGCCAAUGUCUGGGCUACGGCUUGAAGCUGUCGUGGCCGCGAAAGGGCGAUGAGCGCCGGUCUGCGUCGCUGCACAAGAAGCAUUUCAUCAUUCCGGUGCGGGCCAAGGAGGCGGUUUUUGUGCAUGCGACGAGCGAGGAUGUCAAGGGGUCGCAGGACAAUGCCCUGUCGAGGUAUGAAGCGUGCGAGCGGUGGUGUGUAAGGCAGCCGGACGUGAACAUGGCCAAGCUGGAUCCCUUUUUAUCUACCAAUUCCUGGAGCCCCGUUGCGCGGAUAUUGUCGUCCAGCAACCGCAACGACGAGCUCUACGGCCUGCUGGUCCGGAUGGCCUUUCAGGACGACAGCCUGCCGUCGCUGGCGUCGCGAUAUGCCAUCAGCGCGCUGUCGUACCAGCACCUGGCCAUGGAAAAGGCGGCCGUGAUGCACCAGAUGGCGGCGAUUCGCGCGCUCCAGGCGGCGAUUGAGACGGCCAAGGCGGCCGAGUGCAUGCAGAUGAUGGCGGCGAGCAUGCUGCUGAAUAUAUACGAGACAAUGAACUUUGACACGUCGGAUCUCAACUGGGCCAUCUUCUUCUGCGGCACAAAGAGGCUCGCCAACAUGAUUACCAAGCAGCACGACACGUACUUUGGGGACGAGGCAAUGAUUAUCGACUGGAUCUUUUAUCAUGAUGCAAUGUACAAGUUUAGUAUCCGGCACUGGCGGAAGAGGAAUCAGGACCAGGUUCACCUGGCGGGACAGAAAAAGGUGCUUUCCAAGGCCGUGUUUUCGCCCGAGAGACAGACUAUUGUGCCCAUCCUUGGCUGCUCCCUGGAACUCUUGGACCUCUUAUGCCAGGUCGUCGACCACGUCUACGAACCCGGCCACCCCAGCCGGCUCUCUGAGUCGCACCUCAAAACAGUCCGAUCGCUGGAAAUCCGCCUGAAAUACCUCGAGCAGCGCCAAGCCGCCGUCCUCCCAAGCGACACCAUGCAAGCCACGCAGGAAACGCAAAUCGCCGAGCUCUUCCGCCUCGCCGCCACAAUCUACCUCGUGCGCAUGGCAAAGGGCGAGCCCGAAACGUCCAAAUGCCUCGCCAGCGCCAUGGACCAGGCGUUUCGGAUUCUCAACGAGAUUGAGUACUGCGACCGGCCGUGGCCGCUGUUCAUCAUUGGGCUGGAGUCGCGGACGGAGGAGCAGCGCUCGCGCAUGAUGCAGGUGCUGGAGAGCUCGGUGAAGCGGAGGCCGCUGGGAUCGAUGACGCUGGUGAAGCGCAUGGUGCCGGAUGCGUGGACGCAGCAGGAUCUGAGGGAGGCGCCGAUGGAGCCGUUUGCGCUUUACGAUGUGAUUAUUGGGCGGAACCGGGUGACGCCGUGCUUUACGUGA